AUGUCGUCUGCAGUAGCAGAGCUGGAUGGCUAUCUUCAGUCCAUGCUCGGUCUCAAACCUCCAGGCGUAUCAGGCUCAAAAAUCACAAGUAUCACUUCACUAUGCACAGCAAAUGUUCAGUCUGAAUCUGUGCUCAUCCAAAAGAUCUACACGCAUUUCAAGAAAGCACCAGGCACACACAAAUUGGGAGUACUCUAUGUUGUAGACUCUGUAACCCGACAGUGGGUAGACCAGGCCCGCAAGGCUGGUCAGACUCCUGGUAGCGGUGCUCCAGACGGCACUUUCGCUGCCGGCGUGAAUAGAGUGACCGAACUUCUACCCGUGCUAUUGACUGACAUCAUAAAUACUGCUCCCGAAGAUCAAAAGGCCAGAAUCAAGAAGCUGCUAGACAUCUGGGAGCGAUCGAAUACAUUCCCAGUCGCCAUGCUAUCUUCUAUCAAGGAAAAGCUUGAUGCUCCAAAACCUAACAGUAAGCAGGCCCUUUUAUCUGUGCACGGCCAGUAUGCUCAAUCUACCACUCCGGAAGGCACACCAUCUCCUGACACCAUCAUGACAGAUCCGCAGCGAACUAACCCAAACCCCCCAGCUCCAGCACAGAAUACUUCAGCAAUUCUAGCUGCUCUUGCAUCAAUGGCGAAGCAGAGCUCAUCAGCACCUGCAGCCCCGGGAAUUCCAGCACAAGCUAGUAUGCAUAAUGUAUUAGGCCAGCAGAAUGGACAACCACAACCACCAGCACCGUCUGUAGACCAGGCCCAGAGUGCGACAAAUGGGCAGGCCGUAAACCCGCUGGGAGCCCUUUUCGCUGGAAUGACAGGAAUGAGUAAUGGCGGGCAGGGUAUGAAUCAAAAUCAAAAUCCAAAUCAGAAUCCAAAUCCCAUGACUGCUCAGCCAAAUCCGCUUGCAGCUCUAUUGCCGCAGAUGCAGUCUCAAGCACAAGUUCCUGUACCUCAUGCUAUGCCACAGAACAAUGCCGCAGUUUCUCCUGAUGUACAGCAGCAAGUUCAGUUGAUCCAGCUGAUGGCAGCCCAAGGUAUCCCUCCCGAGCAAUGGGCAACUGCUCUACAGCUUCUUAAUCCGAAUGCUCCAAAGCUAGGUGCUGCAGGCAUGCCCAACUUUGGUCAGCCCCCACAAGCAAGCGCCUGGGGUGGACAGAAUGAUGGCCGAUCACGUGAUGCUGCUGGCCAAGACUACGUACGUUCUCCGACAUAUGGUCGUCGUCGAUCGCGUUCGCCUGGUUGGGAUAGACGUCGUGAUGUAUCUCCGCCUCGUCGGCGUGAUAGUCCAGUGUAUGGUGAAUAUCAUGGAGAUUCUCCCGGUCGUAAUCGAGACAGAGGUGGCAGACGCGACUAUCGUCAGCGAAGCCCUCCUGGUAGACGCCGCCGCAGCCCUAGCCCACCACAAGCCUUGCCUCCACCAGGGCAGAAAGUCAUUCAGUGGGAGAAUCUUCCCAAGGGCAUGAUAAAAGUAUUGAGUCGAACCCUGUUUGUGGGAGGAGUCACUUCUUCCGAAGCCCAUCUAAGAUCACUUUUUUCCGCUUUUGGAACUGUGCAGACCUGUAUUGUCAAUACCGACAAACGUCACGCCUUUGUAAAGAUGAUCAACCGCCAAGAUGCAGUCAAGGCUCGAGAAGGCAUGGAACAAUUCAAAUCUGGAGAUAUGCAGCUUCGGACGAGGUGGGGUGUAGGCUUCGGUCCUCGGGACUGCAGUGACUAUCAAACCGGAAUUAGCGUUAUUCCUAUCGACCGCCUCACAGAUGCUGAUCGCAAAUGGAUGCUUAGUGCCGAGUACGGUGGCACUGGAGGACGACCUAUUGAAUCUGGAAUGGUUGUGGAGGAGCCAGAUAUUGAAAUUGGAGCAGGCGUCUCUUCCAAAGGUAAGCACCCUACUUCCAGUCUAUACUCUGACUGCACUAUCAACCCCUCUCCCAUUCCACUUUCAUGUUCCUCCUUGCGCGGCAUCAUCUCAUUCGUUAUUCUGUCUACAGCUAUAAGCCGGCGCAUGGCGACUGACCAGGGUGGUAAACACGGUCCACAGUCCUCUCGAGGCGACAACCGUGGGUCAAAUCGUAACGACGGUAGAAAUCGUUUCCGCAACGGCUACGAUGACCGAGAUCGAGAUAGCAACCAGCGCGACACGGCGGCAGCACCAAUCAACAACCCGAACCCGAACACGAUUGGUGUGCCACCUUCCGUUCCCCCACCCGUGCCCGGUUUUGGCUUCAACUUUGCCAAUGGAAUGCCCAUGUUUCCUCCUGGAUUCAUGAUGCCGACGGGUCAAGCACAACAGCAACAACAACAACAGCCACCUGGCAAUGAGUAA